GAACGAGCUGAAACCGGGCGGGCGGAAUCAUACACAGACUGUGUUUGUGUGUUUGUGUUUUGGUGUAUGUUUUUCUCUCUUCUGUCCGAUUAAAAAUAGCACCAUCUCAAAAUCCCCAUACGCCAUCAAAAUCCAUCACAGGAGGGUCGCUGUAGUCAGCUGGCUGUACAGAACACGUUUGCACUUUCAACCGUACUGUCGUACGGUGUAACCAGAGGGUCCCAGUGUUAGAUUAAAUAGUUUCCGUGAGUGCGCGCGUUCAACUGCGAAGCGGAACAAGCACACAGUGAAUAUGCACGUGACCGUGGACAAGUGUAACAGGCAAGUGCCGAUUCGAACGAUCGGGAUGAUGUGUUUGCUGCACCUGCUAUUACUCGCACAGUUCGUAUCAGCGGCGACGGAAGAAAAGACGAGUGCAGAUCCUCCCGAUUCCCCGUACGAAACGCAAACGGCACAAUGUACGAUCACUUCCGGUGAUAUUGAAGCUAGUGCACAAGCUUCGAUUAGCAAAACUUUGGUAGGAGUGUGCGGCUCUGAGGAAAUGUUGGAGGCUUUCCGCACGCUGGAGAUUAAAAUGCUCGAGGAGAUGUACAACCUUCGGAAGAUGAUACGUGAUCCUUACUUUGUUCCACCACCGUUACGUCCAUCCGUUUACAGAACGAUCAAAAGAACCACAACGGCAUCGAACACAUCGUCCAAUACCGCAAUACCGCAGCAACAGUCAGCCGCAGAACGGUCCGACGCAUCAUCUUCCUCCAGGCAGACGAGUGCGGCACCAUCUCUAACACCAACAACGACACCUUCAGCGAAAGUCGUCUUCCUGGAUGAUUACGACGACGAGGAGGAUGAGGAAAGUUCGGAAACUUUACACAAAGGCACUAAGAAACAAAAUAGUGAACUUGUAAAAACGUUGUCGAUGAACAACGACACUCGUUCUGUGACUCGCUUAUCACUCGACGAAAAACAGUUGCCCCCAGUAUCGGCACCGAUCGACUUCAAGCCCAUCGAUAAACCUAUGGAGAAGAAAUUCAUCACUGGUGGACUGCGAGACUACGAGGUUUACCGGUUCAACAACACCGUCAUAUCGUCCGGUGACGCUAAAGUGUUCAAAUACUUUUGGAAAAUUGAAAACUUUAUGAGCCGUUUGCGGGCCGCCACCGGCGCGAAGGGAGCCACAUUUUCCAGCCCGGUGUUUGUGAUCUCCGGCUUGAACCUGAGGCUGCACGCUAAGACGACGGUAAAACCGGUGCACGGGGAAGUGUUGCACGUGCAGCUGGAACAGUUGUCCGCGUCCGACGAUGCACUGCGCAAAACGCCCAACGUUAUUCUAGCCUCGGGAGCGCUUUACGGGCAGGUGGAAACGAAAAAAUUCUUCCGCCAUAAGAUUAUGAUUCUAAACCAGGAUAAGCCAUUCAGUGAUUUGAUUUCUACAGACCUUACCAACACGAAUGCAAAGUUUGAGGCACCACUGUCCGCGUUGACCGAACAGCCUUACUUGAAGGACGAUAAGCUGCUAGUGAAGGUCAUUAUUUUCCUAUAAAUUUACCCUUAGUUAAAUAAAGAAAGAAAAAGCGAAUCGAUUGUUGAUCCACGAA